UCGCGGGGAUCGCAGGGCCGCGCCGAGCCGCCCGACGGCCGAGGGCCCUGCGCGGGAAACAUGUUAGCUGUGCACUUUGACCAGCCGGGAGGACCAGAAAACCUCUACCUGAAGGAGGUGGCCAAGCCAAGCCCAGGAGAGGGAGAAGUCCUCCUGAAGGUGGCGGCCAGCGCCCUGAACAGGGCCGACAUACUCCAGAGACAAGGCCAGUAUGCCCCACCUCCAGGAGCCAGCAGCAUUUUGGGAGUCGAGGCAUCUGGACAUGUGGCAGAGCUGGGGCCUGGCUGCCAGGGGCACUGGAAGAUCGGGGACCCAGUCAUGGCUCUGCUGCCCGGUGGGGGUCAGGCUCAAUAUGUCACUGUCCCUGAAGGGCUCCUCAUGCCCAUCCCAGCAGGACUGACCCUGCCCCAAGCUGCAGCCAUCCCAGAGGCCUGGCUCACUGCCUUCCAGCUGUUACAUUUCGUGGGAAAUGUUCAGGCCGGAGACACUGUGCUAAUCCAUGCAGGAGCAAGCGGGGUGGGCACAGCUGCCAUCCAACUUGCCCGGAAUGCUGGAGCUGUUCCUCUGGUCACAAUUGGCUCCCAGGACAAGCUUCAAAUGGCAGAAAAACUUGGAGCAGCUGCUGGAUUCAAUUACAAAGAAGAGGAUUUUUCUGAAGCAACAAUGAAAUUCACCAAAGGCGCUGGAGUCAGCCUUAUUCUAGACUGCAUAGGAGGAUCCUACUGGGAAAAAAACGUCAACUGCCUGGCUGUUGAUGGUCGCUGGGUUCUCUAUGGCCUGAUGGGAGGAGCUGAUGUCAGCGGGCCUCUGUUUUCAAAGCUUCUUUUUAAACGAGGAAGUCUGGUCACCAGUCUGCUGAGAUCUAGGGACAAAAAGUACAAGCAGGUGCUGGUGAAGGCUUUUACGGAGCAAAUUGUGCCCCACUUCUCCUCGGGGGACCCCCAACGUCUUCAGCCGGUUCUGGACAGAGUCUACCCCUUGGCUGAAAUCCAAGACGCCCACAAGUACAUGGAGAGUAACAAGCACACGGGCAAGAUCGUCCUGGAGGUGCCCCAGUGA